ACGUGACACUCAUUCCGCGUUCCCACAGCUGCUAAACAAGCGUGGGAUUGCUACUCACUUGAUAGAUGAUUUGAAUUUUAUGACUUUCUUCAUCACCACAGAUAACUUGGAGAAGUGAGCUCGGAAAAGCGUUGGCACACUCCAUAAAAACAACAUCGGCAACCAGCGACAAUGUUUAAAAAAUUUGAUGAGAAGGAAAAUGUGUCCAACUGCAUCCAGCUGAAAACCUCAGUGAUCAAAGGCAUCAAAAAUCAGCUGUUGGAACAGUUUCCCGACAUUGAGCCAUGGCUCAAUCAAAUAAUGCCAAAAAAGGACCCUGUCAAAAUCGUGAGAUGCCAUGAACACAUUGAAAUCCUGACAGUGAAUGGAGAGCUGCUUUUCUUCAGACAGAGAGAAGGAUCAUUCUACCCAACCCUAAGAUUGUUGCAUAAAUAUCCUUUCAUUCUACCACAUCAGCAAGUAGACAAAGGUGCCAUUAAAUUUGUCUUAAGUGGUGCAAACAUCAUGUGUCCUGGGCUGACGUCACCAGGUGCUAAACUCUACCCUGCUGGAGCUGACACUGUAGUUGCCAUUAUGGCAGAGGGAAAACAGCACGCACUUUGUGUGGGUGUAAUGAAAAUGUCUGCAGAAAGCAUAGAAAAAGUCAACAAGGGAAUUGGAAUUGAGAAUGUCCAUUAUCUGAAUGAUGGAUUGUGGCACAUGAAGACUUACAAAUGACGUUGGCAACUGCAACACCAAAGCCAAACUCAUGCAAGAAAAUGUGUGGAGCUUUGGACAACAAGGCAUGAGCUGCAAGUCAGCUGUUUACACCUACAGACUUAGCUACUGUAUGUAAUGUCCUGGAGGCUUUAAAUCAACCGUCAUGAUGCACAAAUAAAUGAAAGUUCUUGUUUUAAACCAGAA